CAUAAUUACUUUCGCAAUAUCGCUUAUGCGUGAAUAAAAAUAGAUUGAUCGCUUUCGCUGCAUUAACUACAUUUUGCACACGCACGCAGUCAUUUUUAUUAUUAUACAAUAAUGCAUUAUAUAUUUAUAAUAAUGCCUAUUUAAUAAUAGGUAUUAUUAAAUAUAAUGCCUAUGUGCAAUAUAAAAUUAAAUUUUUUAUAUACAUUAUUUUUCACGUCUAUUAUGUAUAUAAAAAAUUUACUCAAAUAUUUUACAUUAAUUAACGUUUUUAUAUUAACUUAUACGUACAUCUGAAUUUAUUAUCUAAUUGAAUAUAUUUUGCAAUACUCUCUCUACCUUACUUUUUCUCUUCUUUUUUUUCUCUUGUUCGCUUUCUAUAUUUUUAUUCUUUUAUUCAUUUUUUCUUUUUUUUUUUUAAUUUUAAAACUCGUGCUCGUUAUCUACAUCGCCAUCUAUAGACAUACUGUUUCAUCAAACCACAAAUCACUAGAUUUUAGAUAUUCGGUUUAUUGUUCUAUUUGAUAUUUGUAAUCAUUCAAGUAUCCUUAUCCGAAAUGAAAAAGUUAAUUUGAAAACAUCUUAUAUAUUUCAUUCAUUUGAUUUCAAUUGAGUUAUAUAAUUUUUACCGACGUCUCUUUUAUUAAUAUUUCCUCUCAUCCUAGUACUGUCAACUUAUCGAUAGAUGGCAUUUGAUGAUGGAACGAGGCGCGAAGUUAGCAUCGAGAAUUUUAAAUCGCACACGCAUAUACAUACACACGUAUACGUCGAACCUCGAAAUUGAUAUUAGUAGUGAUUGAAUAAAGAAACGUUUCUUCGUUAAAAAAAAAUUAAGCAUGCGUUAUGCGAAGUAUCUCGUCGGUUCCGUCAAUUUUACCGCCCUGGCGUAUUAUGUAUUCGGAAACGCGGCCGAUAACAAUCUGAAUAACGUUUUCGGGCAAAUGUACAAAUGGAAGAAUCUGCAGGAGGGUUUCCGAGAGGCCAAGAUCUCCAGGAAACCGAUAUUUCUUCUAAUCCACAAACCGGGUUGUCCCACUUGUGAGAAACUCAAGCCUAAAUUCAUCAACUCCAUCAGACUUCUCGAUCUCAGCAAACACUUCGUGAUGGUGGAUGCGAGAAAAGGCGAGAUGUCCGCGCAAGACGAAGCGAGGUUUCAACCGGACGGGACGUACGUUCCGAGGAUUCUCUUCUUCACGCCGGACGGCGAAUUUAUGACAGAUGUUUAUAAUCGUCAUCCGUUAGCCGAUGAAAAAUAUAAAUAUUUCUACAGCAGGACGAGCCACAUAAUAGAUAGCAUGCUUUUGGCAUUGGAAUGCUGCUGCGAUAAAUCUGAUCGAAAUUCUUGA